AUGAGUGAUAGAGUGCAGUGCUACGACCCUGCCACUCUGCAGUACCUGGGGUUCUUGCCUGCUCUGAAGGCAUCUGACGUGAGUGCAGGGAAGGAAGGGAUGCAAGGAGGACUUGGAGGUGGUACGAUCCUGCCGGAUGGACGAACCCUCGCAGGUCCAAUGGAUGGGUGCACAGCAGCAGUGGGUGCACAGCAGCUUCGAGCAGAGGAGGCAGUUUUCCCACGCAUGCCCGACCUCAAUGCGACUCUCAAAAACCUUCUAUCCUCUCCAGGUGAAGGAGCAUGUGGCAAGGGCACGCCAGGCGCAGAAGCAAUGCGAAGGGAGCAGCUUCGAGCAGAGGAGGCAUUUUUCCCACUCAUGCUCCACCUCAAAGCCAACUCUCAAAACUCCUUGUAUCCUCUGCAGGUGAAGGAGCAUGUGGCGAGGGCUCGGCAGGCGCAGCAGCAGUGGGCGCACAGCAGCUUUGAGCAGAGGAGGCAGUUCCUGAGGGUGCUGAUGCGAUACGUGGUGGAGAAUCAGGACCUCAUCUGCAGAGUAUCGGCGCGUGAGUCAGGCAAGGUGCUGGUGGAUGCGGGGUUUGGUGAGAUCCUGACGACGUGUGAGAAGAUAGCGUGGCUGCUGAGUGAAGGGGAGAGGUGGCUCAAACCCGAAUACAGGUCUGUGGGUCGAACCAUGAUGCACAAGGUGGCUCGGGUGGAGUUUGAGCCAGCAGGGGUGAUCGGGGCCAUAGUGCCGUGGAACUACCCCUUCCACAACGUGCUCAACCCCGUGCUGUCCGCAGUCUUUGCGGGCAACGCUGCUGUGAUCAAG